UAUUGUCUUGUAAACAAAAGUCGCUAGCUUAGCAGCGUUAGCAUCAGCUGGGGGGUGGACUGGACCUUGCUCACCGGGCGUGUGUUUGCUGGGAGCCGCCAGCCAGUGUUAAACCCAGACUGGUUUCACGUUGGCACCAGCUUCAGUGUAUUGUGAGGACCGUGCAGGAGAGUCUGGAAUCUGCUCCCUGGCCCGGCUAGCUGAGGAUUCUGCAAACUGCCUGCAAAUCUGACUGCAGCUAGCUAGGUAGGGCUAAUCAGAUUUAGCCCUUUCCCACUGUGGUAAAAAGCCAUUUCGUUAUGCAACACUUCGAGGUUACACGCGGGUGAAGUGUGUCCUCUUGUGUGUCCCUUUGGGGCGUGUGCCAUGCGAGGGAUCCCGGUGUGGCACCAGCUAGCUGAUAGCGUAGCCUGCGUGUUUACAUUCAAUAACAGAUUAUAAAACGUGCUCACUGUUGCGUUAAGCAGGAGCAGAUGUGUGUGUUUGUUUUCCUCCACAGCACAAGGAUGCAUUUCGGCCUGACAGGGCAAGAAAUAGGUGGUGAUCUUCCCAAAGUUGUGUCUUUUUGUUUUGGCCUGGACACAGAGUGGGUGGGUGUUUGCAUGGAUGGACUUGACUGCAUGCACGUCUAGGAGCCUGACCUGAUGGAAAAGAGAGACAGGAAGCCGGGAUACUUUGCCAGGCUGAAGAGGCGGCGACAGCUCAAGCAGAGCCAAUCAGACAAGAAUGUGAAUGAGCAGAGCCCGGCGAUCAUCUCCUGUCCAGACGUCCCACUUGUCGGUGACCCCGUCAUGAAGACGGACCUGCAGCGAUCCGCAACAAAACCGGCCGCAAGCUCCGAUGAUGUCUGCAAAAGUAAAAAUCCGACAAAGAGGGAGAAGAGAGGGCCGCCGGGGACGGUGGAGUUCAUCGUGGGACCCGAUGAUUCGCUCAAUAGCAUCGCUCUCAGGUUCAACAUCACCCCAAACAAACUGGUCCAGCUGAACAAGCUCUUCUCCCGCAGCGUCUACCCCGGACAGAAGCUGUUUGUCCCUGAUGAGAGCCAAUCAGAAACGGACUCAAAGUCUCAGAGUUCCUCUCAGCCCACAUUCCCACAAGGCCUCUCUGAGAAACAGUCACAUGAUGGCAAAACCUGUAGAUCAGCGAAGUCCAUCCGGCGGGAGCUCUCCCCAAACUCAGAAGACGAGAGUCCGUCCACGGUUAAAUUCAUCAAGAUGAGCUGCAAAUACUUCACUGAUGGCAUGGGGGUGGUGGGGGGUGUGCUGAUUGUGACGCCCAACAACAUCAUGUUCGACCCCCACAAGUCGGACCCCCUGGUGAUCGAGCACGGCUGCGAGGAGUACGGCCUCAUCUGCCCCAUGGAGGAGGUCGUCUCUGUUGCGCUGUACAACGAUGUGUCUCGCAUGAAGCUGAAAGAUGCCCUGCCAUCAGACCGACCCCAGGAUCUGUGUCCUGUGUACAGGCCCGGUGAGUGGGAGCACCUGCUGUCAGAGAGGGAACUGAACCCCUUCAGCCGUUACGAAGCUCUGGAUCCAAAGCGACCAAUCGUCCUGGAUGAGAUUGAAUCAACAAUCUCCGAAACUGUGAGUGGAGAAGGAGAGGAGACAGAAAAGUCUCCAUCGGAUGAAGGAUUCACAGAGUUAGAGCAGACGGUCAAUGGAAGCACUGAAGAAGCAGAGGGAACGUCCUCCAGAACAUCCAGGGCCGUCAGUGGGGACCAACAGAAACUCCGAGGACCCGGCUGCCCCGAAGGAGGAGAUUCUGAAGACAAGCCGAUGCUGGCUCAAAUUAAAGGGAAGCUUGAUGAUGAAGAGGACGAAGGUGUAGCUCAGAAUGGCUCCCUUGAGGAUGGAGAGUCAAUACAAUCCUCCUCAGAGACUGAAAAACAGGGGGAUCUGCUUGAUAAACCUUCAAACCAAGAGCCUGCCAAAACCAAAGAUACGAAACCUCAAAGGACAGAGGAGCUGCUAAACAGUGUAGAUGAUGAAAUACUCAGCACAGCGGUGGACCAAAGCAGCAGGCUGAGUCUGACCGAGGCUGCAGAGGGUUCUGGGAGCUCGGGUCCAGACAGACCAGCAGAGGGGGCUGAACUCAGUGAAGAGGAGAGACGGAAGAAAAGCUGUGAAGCAGAGGUCAAGUCGUGGCUGAUGGCGCGGAUGCAGGCUCCAAUAGAAGACAUGCUUUUUUCAUCCGAGGAGAAGAGUAAAAACCCUCCCAUGUUCCUCUGCUUCAAAGUGGGAAAGCCAAUGAGGAAGUCUUUUGCUACUGGGAUGACCUCUGGUCCCGCCCAUUCCUUUGGCAGCCGUGGGAAGCAGCCGGAGUAUUGGUUCGCCGUGCCGCAAGAAAGAGUGGACCACCUGUAUGCGUUCUUCGUGCAGUGGUCUCCAGAUGUGUAUGGGAAGGAGGCUCGAGAGCAGGGCUUCGUUGUGGUGGAGAAAGACGAGCUGGACAUGAUCGAUAACUUCUUCAGUGACCCUGCAUCUUGCAGCUGGGAGAUCAUCACUGUUGAUGAGGCGAAGCGCAGGCAGAGUUUUGGCAGCUAUGACGGAGACCUGUCUGUGGAAACACUGACCAUACUCAGUGAAUCCAGUGACCUGCUGCAGGACACACACAUCGAGAAGCUUUCCUGUCGCCUACCAGCCCGUGUACAGGGUUACCCCUGGAGACUGGCCUACAGCACUGUGAAUCAUGGGACCAGCCUCAAGACUCUGUACAGGAACCUGGCGGCGGUGGACAGUCCGGUACUGCUGGUCAUCAGAGACAUGGACGGACAGAUAUUCGGAGCGUUCUCGACUCAUCCCUUCAAAGUGAGCGAGCACUGCUACGGCACAGGAGAGACCUUCCUCUACAACUUCUGUCCUGAAAUCAAGGUGUACCGGUGGACGGGGGAGAAUUCUUACUUUGUGAAAGGCAAUAUUGAUUCUCUGCAGAUGGGAGGCGGAGGGGGUAAGGUGGGUCUGUGGCUUGAUGCCGAGCUGUACCGAGGGGCCUCCGCCAAAUGCGCCACCUUCAACAAUCAGCCGCUCUCAGCUCAGCAGGACUUCAGCAUCCACAGUUUGGAGGUCUGGGCGUUUGAGUAGUGUCACCUUCUCCGUUCCAGGUACAUCGACAUUCACGCUGUGCUCCACGACCUCAAACCUUCAGACGACCCCCCCCCCCUCCGAGUCUAAUACGCGCCACUUGGAGGAGAAACCCAGCUGCUCCACAAUGACACUAAAUGUUCUGCGAGCGAGGACCGAAAGCUGCCUGCGGAGUUUCUGUGUUGACUGAGAAUGGGUUUGACCUGCAAGGCGGUCGGUCUCAUUCAAUUUCUGGUUCGUCCGUCCUUCCUUCAAAGGUGGAAGUGUGCGAAAAUAGCUGCCUUAGAUGUGAGUAGCAGGCCCCUGCUUUCCCAGCAUGCAUACUGUCUCCAAACAUAAUCUGAUGAGGAGAGAAGGAAGCGUAAAGCUGCUGGUGAGGAUAAUCCAAAAAGAGCGGAUUCUCAGUGUGUGUGAAAGAAUAAGAUAAUCCCUAAUUAGUGUAGCCUUGUGCAGAGAUAAAGGUUGACGUAGUUUGUAUGGUUGUGAAUGUACAGGAUUAAGAAAGGAAGAUUUAUCCCUUUAUCUGUCUUUUAUUUUUUUUUAUGCCAAAAUGAACUUGAAUCUUGAAGGAAAGUGGAAAAUGCCAGGAAGGAUUUCUGGAUCCUCUGCUAUAAAAUGUACUUUUAAUAUUGGGAAUUUCGCUGAUUGUUUACGACAGUGCGUUGCACUUCCUCAGAAGCUCUAUAGUUUUUUAGAUUAACCGAAUGAGAAUGAGUCAUUGCAUUUUUCUCAUUGCCACAACUAAAGUUUUCAUUCCCCUGUGUGAUUCGAAACAAGCGAUGAAGCCAGGACUGGGUUUUUGUGAUGACCAAAUCGAUUUCCUUUUUAAAUUUCAUGUGUUGUUAGUUUGUCUUAUUUUAUAAAAUAUUUUAGAUUUUAUUUUUUACAUAUUUCACUUAUUUUUACAUUGUGUUGAUGAAUAUUUUUUUUUUAAUGGUUCUACUUUUUAUAAAAAUGUAUCGCUCCACAUCUCUGUUUCUGAUUCGACACAACAAGCACUAGAAAGUCAUGUUUUUAUCGCUAAGAUAUUUUUUUUUAAUGGUCGUCGUUGAGAGAGUUGCAGCCAGUAAACUUUUAACUUUUGCACUACAGGAUAAAUUUCCCCUCCAUGCUGUAUUGUGGGCUUGUGUAAUUGAGCAUUUCUGAUGUAUAAUUUGUUACUGAAUGUUUUUUAAUCACCAAAACACAAGGGAAGCUGCCUGUCCAAUCACCGGUCGGUGUGGACAAAGGGAUCAUCUGUUUUUUUGGGGGGGUGUUUGCACUCGGUUAUGCCACUAACUCAAAAUCCACAUCUACUCACAUGGAAAAGAAAUGUUCAUUUAUAUCCUGUGUACAUGACACAGGCUUGUAGUGCAUGAACAUUCAAUUCUGCAAAUAUCUAGCCCAUCGGCCAUGUUAUCCACUAACGCCAAUAAUCGCUUCAUGUGAAAAUGAGCUGCGCUGUCUGUAGCCGUUCAGUGUUGUUACUGUGAAUGCUCAGUAAGUAUUAUUUCUUGUGAAUCCAAAACUGCUGUGUACUGUGAUAUCACUAUGGAUCUAUUUAUUGUGUUGUUAUUGCAACCACAUAUAAACUUAAAUAAAUUUUAAAUAUAUCCAUAUA